GUGUCUUCUCGUUUCGUCUGAACUGUCUACACCGCCAUCCUCAGCGAGCCGUGGGGGGUCGCCUCUCUUUUGGAUCGGAAUUGGCGUUGGGCUCUCAGCACUAUUUUCAUGUAAAUAUGCAAUGCAACGAGCUUUCAAGACGUUAAUGGGACAGAUGAAUUCUCAAAAUAACCAAUUCGACAAUACAGCUUUUCCUUCAGGGUCACCUUUUCCAUUUCCAAUGCCUGUUACACCAGUGCCUUCCACCUCAAUGGCUCCAGCUGCUUCUAGAUCUGCAGUUACAGUAGAUGUGCCGGCGACAAAUGUAGAGACUACACCAGCAACUAUUGCCAUAGAUGAAACAGAAGUAAAAAAGGAAUCUAAGAAACCUGAUUUUGUAGAUGUUUCUCCGGAAGAAGCUGAGCAAAAGAGUCCUUAUGAAAGCUUUAAAGAUGUCACCGGAACAAGUUCAUCCAAGGACACUCAGACUGCUGGGGCGGUUUCCCAAAAUGGAGCUGCGUCUAAGCCUGUGGAUGGUUCCCAAUGGUCCAAAUCUACCAGUACCUCUGCUGGUUUUGAGGGCACCCCAUCUCCCGGAAAAUCUAUUUUGUCAGUGGAAGCUUUGGAGAAAAUGAUGGAAGAUCCAGCAGUGCAGAAGCUUGUUUAUCCUCAUUUACCUGAGGAGUUGAGGAAUCCUGACACCUUCAAUUAAAUAACAUGAUGAGUGAAAAUGGUGAGUGGGACGAGCAUCUGAUAGAUUCUUUCAAAAAUUUUGAUCUUAACAGUCCUGAGCUUAAGCAGCAGUUUGAUCAAAUUGGG